AUGGCUUCUUCUGAGAAUUCCAUCCAAGACAGCAAGGGUUCUCUGACUGGACUUGCUCCACUUGAAGCAGUGCUCUUUGAUAUUGAUGGAACUCUGUGUGAUUCUGACCCACUUCAUUAUCUUGCCUUCCGUGAGAUGCUUCAACAGAUUGGUUUCAAUGGAGGCAAUCCUAUAACAGAGGAAUUUUUUAUUGACACUGUUGCUGGCAAGCAUAAUAAUGACAUUGCCUUGGCUCUCUUUCCUGGUGAGCUGGAGAGAGGCUUAAAGUUUUUAGAUGAUAAGGAAGCCAUGUUUCGGAGAUUAGCAGCUGAGCAACUGAAGGCUUUAAAUGGCCUUGAUAAAGUGAGAAAAUGGAUUCAAGAUCGUGGGUUGAAACGAGCUGCAGUUACCAAUGCUCCAAGACCAAAUGCAGAACUCACUCUCUCAAAACUUGGUCUCUCAGAUUUCUUUCAAGCUGUUAUUAUUGGUGAUGAAUGUGAACAUCCCAAACCUCAUCCAGAGCCAUACUUGAAAGGCCUUGAAGCUCUAAAAGCAUCUAAAGAUCACACGUUUGUAUUUGAGGAUUCUGUUUCAGGAAUCAAAGCUGGUGUGGCUGCUGGGAUGCCUGUUAUCGGUUUAUCUACCCGAAACCCAGAGCAUUUGCUGAUGGGAGCAAAACCCACCUUUCUGAUUAAAGAUUAUGAUGAUCCAAAAUUGUGGGCAGCUCUCGAAGAACUUGACAAGUGUGGUUCUCAUUAA